UAUGCUAGAGGAAUUUAGAAGGAUAUAUAUACAAUGCUGUGGAGAACAAAAGCAUGAACCUCAAGAUAGUAUUAUUAGAGCUUUUAAACAUGUUGUAACAAAAUCUUCCGGAGUUUUGCUCAAUCUCAGUACUUUAUCGCUGUCCUUUGCCAGUUGUGUAGCUUUAGGAAAAGCUCUAGAGGGUGACGAUGUUAUUGGAGAGUUGUACUUAAACGACUGCAUGCUAAGUGACGAAUGCGCUGAACAUUUAUUGAGAGGUUUAACGAAACAUCUUAAAUGUACUAAAUUGGAAAUGAAGGGAAAUCAGCUAAGAGGAACGGCAGCAAGAGCUUUUUGCCAUUUACUUAGAUAUAAUAAACGUUUAACCAAUGUAGUCUUAGAGUGGAAUUCUUUGGGAAUGCUGGAUGAUGCGUUUGGAGAUUUGUGUGAUGGAUUAGCAGAGAAUACUAGUGUUAAGGUGUUAGACCUGAGAAAUAAUCAAAUUUCCAUGGAUGGUGCAAAACAUAUUUCAUCCGCUUUGAAGAGAAAUAGAAGUUUGAGAGAGCUAGAUCUGAGAUGGAAUAAUUGUGGACUUAUAGGAGCUAAGUCGAUCCUGGAUGCUUUAUCGUCUAACAAAAUAAUCAAUAGAUUGGAAAUUGCAGGAAAUAACUCUCCUUCAGAUAUUAUUAAGUCAAUAGAGGCUGCUAUUGGUUCAAAUUGCGAUAACAGUAGCCUCAAACGACAAUCGGAGGAGAGAACAAGACUUUUGACUAAGCAGUUGGCCUUUACCGAAAAAGAAAAGCAGCAGAAAGUUUCUAGUGCACUGACUCUGCUAGAGAAGCAGGAGGAAGCUUCAAGACUUGCUGAUAUAGCAUCUAGAGAUAGAAUUAUAGCCUUACAAGAUGCACUCCAUGAGCGUCAUUCUCACUUUGAAGCUCUAGCUUCUAAAUUGACAAUAGCUGAGUCGGAAAACAUUUUAAGUUCAAGUAAAGUGGAAGAACUACAAGCUCUUUUGGAGGCUUCCCGGGAGGAGAGAUCAGCAAUUGUAUCGGCAAAUCAGCAUCAACUGAAAACUGAGAGAGACAAAAGCUUAAAAGCCAUAGCCAAAUUGGAGAAAGAGCUUACAGAAGUCACAGAAAAGUUACUAUCUUCGGAAGGACAAACUGAACAUUUGAGGCGGCAGCUGGAGCAUGAGAGAAAUAAUGUAUGUGAACUCAAAGAGCAACUAGCUAAAACUAAAGCAGAUCUUAAACUCGCUAUCGGAACGUCGGAAGAAAAGAUAACAGCUGAAAGGGCAAAGGCUAGACAACAGUUAAGGGAGGAAAACGACAGAGCCAAGAGAGAAGCAGAUGAAAGGGUUCAAAGGGUCGAAAGAGAACGAAUGGAUCUCGAGGAAGAACUUCGUAGGGCUAGAGCUACAGCUGCAUCUGAAAAAACCGCUAUGGAACAAAUGAUCGCCGACGUACGAACAAGGGAAAGAUCGUCGCAAGAGGCAAGAGUUUCAGUUGCUGAAGAAAAAGCUAGAGCGUCUCUAGCCUCAAAAGAUGAAAUUCAAAGUCAACUGUCUCAGGCGAAUAACGAGCUGUCAGAAUCUAGACUAGAAAUUUCGAGGUUAGAAAGAGCCAAACAGCAAAUGCAAAGGAAAAUUGACGAGUUGGAAAGAAUCUCUGUGGAAGUUCAAGCUGAAAGGUCCGAACAAAAUACUUUGAAAGAACGCGUUACUACGCUAGAAAGACAACUAAAGGAAACAAAUUCAAAAAGAAUGAUUGAUAACGAAAGCCACUCUGCAGAGGUUGAUAGAAUAAACCAUAAAUUGCGUCUCAGAGAGGAAGAAUUAGACAGAAUGCGAAUGGAACAUUCUCAAAAAGCUUCACUUCUUCAAUCUGCAUUAACAACCUUCAUAGCCCCAUCAUCCACAGGUCAUGGUACAUCUACGGCUGCUCUCUAA